CUUUCUUCCUCUCUCUCUUCCUCUCUCUCCCCCCUCCACCUCUUUCUCCUCCCUCUCCCUCUGUGCCUCGACACGCUACUUUCCAGUAGAUAGGCCCCCUUUCGCUUUAUUUCUCGGCUUCCCUCGUUGGAUUUGAUCCUUCCUCUUCAUCGCCCUCGUUGUCGCCUGGCUUCUGUGCCCUACCUGAGCUACCGUUCCUUCCCCGUUUUGCCCCGUCGUCCUCCAUGCGUUUUUCGCGCCAGAUUCUCGCGCUCUUCUGUCCGCGGUAGACACGCCAUUCCCUUUUUCUUACAUCGGCCACAACUCUGUGAAGAAUAUGACGGCUUCUUCCGCUGCCGGAGCGACUCCGACAGGUUCGCAGCCGCCGUUUAACCGCCAGACCACCCGCACCUCGAGUACGCAUCCGUCGCAUUCGCACAAUGUUCCAUUGAGUGCUCGUCGAUCUGCACCUCUCGACCUGUCGACUGUUGAGCGACGGGGGCAGCCUAAAGCCCCCCGAGAACCCCUUAAGCGAGUUCGUCCCCAUGGUCUACCGGAGGCCCCUACCUUCCGCCCAACGGAGGAGGAAUUCAAGGAUCCUCUAGAGUACAUAAAGAAGAUAGCGCCUGAGGGGAGGAAAUACGGGAUCUGCCGAAUCAUUCCUCCCGAGAAUUGGCAACCUCCGUUUGCGGUAGACACAGAGCGCUUUCACUUCAAGACUAGACGACAGGAACUCAACUCGGUCGAAGGAGGUAUGCCCAUGCAUCCCGCUGGUGUUACUCCCGGGAAGACCCCCCAGCUUACUCACAGCACCAACCCAGGAACCCGUGCAAACCUGAACUAUCUCGAUCAGCUUGCCAAAUUUCACAAGCAGCAUGGUACCAAUCUCAACCGAUUUCCCAGCGUUGACAAGCGCCCUUUGGAUCUUUAUAAACUCAAAAAGGCUGUGGAGGUUCGCGGUGGGUUCGAUGCGGUCUGCAAACUGAAGAAAUGGGCGGAAAUCGGGCGCGACCUGGGAUAUAGCGGCAAGAUCAUGUCCUCCCUCUCCACAUCACUCAAGAACUCCUAUCAGCGAUGGCUUCAACCGUAUGAGGAGUACCUCCGCUUGGCCAAGCCUGGUGUGCAGCAACAGCUCGAGCUGGAACACGGUGGUCCAUUUACUCCCUCUCCUCGCCAAAAGCUUCCACCAAAGAACCAAAAUACGACGUCUAAUUCACACCACAGCUCACCCGCCGCCCAAACACCUUCAAGUAAACCCACUCCAAUGGAAGUUGACAGCUCCAGUAGUAAGCCGGGUACACCAGCGGAACACGCACCUACACCGACUGCUGGGUCGGGAUUUACGGCUGUGAAUGCUAGCUCCGGUGGCUUUACCGCUGUUAACCGAUCCCCAUCCUUCAUUGCGGUGAAUAGUGCCCCGGCCGUGAAGCACGAAGCAGAUACUGCCUCUCCUACACCUAGGAGCGUUGCUGAGCAUCCUCAAUCUUCAGGCUCCACGACAAAUGGCCAUGGAGCCCUUCCAAUAAAACGUGCAGUUAGCCACGAUAGCUUACCUAGCGGUUCCCAGACAGAAAAUGGUGAAGAUGGUGGUAGUGGUAGGCGAAGCAAGCGACUUAAGAAAGAUGUACCACCUCCACCAACGGUUGCUGGUUCUCACAUGAGUCUCCUUCGCCCGGCCCCACGUCGCGAUCGUCAUAGUGGUACCAGGAAAAAUGGCGAUAAAUGCGAAACCUGCGGCAAGACAGAUGAUCGUUCGUCUAUUCUGCUCUGCGACGGCUGUGAAAAUGGGUAUCAUAAGUACUGCCUCGAUCCUCCACUUACCCACACCCCCGAGUAUGACUGGCACUGCCCCAAAUGCUUAGUGGGGACAGGCGAAUUCGGAUUUGAGGAAGGCGGCGUAUAUUCGCUCAAGCAGUUUCAGGAAAAGGCAAACAAUUUCAAGGAUAAUUAUUUCGCAUCAAAGAUGCCUUUUGACCCUGUAACCAACACCCACAAAAAGGUGUCAGAAGAUGACGUCGAGCGCGAAUUUUGGAGGCUUGUUGAGAGCUUAACUGAAACAGUCGAGGUUGAGUACGGAGCCGAUAUUCACUCUACUACGCACGGUAGUGGGUUUCCGACCAUUGAACGGAAUCCUCUUGACCCUUAUUCGGUUGAUCCAUGGAAUUUGAAUGUUCUCCCCUUCCACGGAGAGUCACUUUUCCGCCAUAUCAAAACCGACAUCUCUGGCAUGACAGUACCUUGGGUAUACGUGGGAAUGUGCUUCUCUACUUUCUGCUGGCACAACGAGGAUCACUACUCCUAUUCAGCUAACUACCAGCACUUCGGCGCUACCAAAACUUGGUAUGGAAUUCCUGGUUCUGAUGCGGAAGCAUUCGAAGAAGCUAUGCGCCAGGCUGUUCCAGAGCUUUUCGAAGGCCAGCCUGAUCUCCUCUUCCAACUGGUGACAUUGAUGCCACCAGAUCAGCUGAGGAAGGCCGGCGUCAAUGUGUAUGCACUCGACCAAAGGGCGGAGCAAUUCGUGAUUACAUUCCCACAAGCCUAUCAUGCCGGCUUCAAUCAUGGAUUUAAUUUCAAUGAAGCAGUCAAUUUUGCACCUGCAGACUGGGAGCCUUUUGGCGCGGCUGGCGUCGAACGUCUUCAAGCUUUUCGAAGGCAGCCUUGCUUCUCGCAUGAUGAGCUGUUGCUCACGGCUGCUAACCGCGAUGCGUCAAUUAAGACGGCUAAAUGGUUGGCUCCGGCUCUCGAACGAGUAUGUAAUCGAGAACUGGCUGAGCGGGAAGCAUUUAUUGCCCGUCACAAAGGAAUAUCCCCACAUAACUGCAAUUUCGGUAACGAAAACGAUUCGACUGCUGGGGAUUGCCAGCUAAAGUUCUUGGUUGAAGAGGUUGACCUUCCGGAGGAUGACUACCAAUGCCAGUAUUGCAAGGCCUAUACCUACCUCACUCAAUUCCGCUGUCACAAGUCCGGGAAGACCGUCUGCUUGUCGCAUGUUGAGACUUACGAUUGCUGCGGUGAACCUCUAGCGCAAAGAUUACUAGGCUCUGACCAUACCUUCCGUUGCCGGUUGAGCAACGAUGCCCUGAAGAGCUUGACACAGAAGAUCCAGGACCGUGCCAGGAUCCCAGAGGUGUGGAGUGAGAAACUCGACAAGGUUCUAGAGGAUGAGCCCAAGCCCCAACUGAAGGUCCUACAUAGUCUACUAAGUGAAGGUGAGAAGAUCCCAUACCAUCUGCCUGGCCUACAAGAUCUUGCCGCUUUUGUCCAACGCUGCGAUAAGUGGGUUGAAGAAGCAAACAACUACAUCACUCGGAAGCAGCAGAACCGCAGAAAAAAUGAGAAAGCUUGGCGCAAGGGUAGUUCCAAAGCCUCGCAGCUGGAAGAACGUGACCGUGAAGUUCGAAGAGUAGAAAAUAUCUACGCCCUUCUUGCAGAAGCUGAUAAACUUUCCUUCGACUGUCCACAGAUGGCGGCUCUGGAAGAGAAAACCCGCGAGAUCGAGAAAUUCCGCCAGGAUGUUAACGUUGUUCUUGUGAAUCCACAUUUACGGUCGAUCCAGGACGUGGAAGAACUGGUGGAAUCCGGCCGCAAUUUUAACGUAGACAUACCCGAGGUCGAGGGACUUGAGCAUGUUCUCCGGCAAAUGAAGUGGAAUGAUGAAGCACGUCGCAAGCGUGACCAAUACAUGACCCUGAAAGACUGCCAAGAGCUCAUACUGGCUGGUGAACAACUAGGCUUAUCGGAAAACAAUGACCACUUGCUCUAUUUCAAGGACCUCUGCCGCCAUGGUGAAACCUGGGAAGCAAAGGCCAAGGAGUUGAUGUCAGUAGAAGCAGUUCAUUACCAGCAGCUUGAGGCUUUGUCCGCACAGGCAUCUCGCUUUCCGGUCUCUCCUGAGACACUUGCUGCGGUAGAUGCGAUAUUGACCAAGCAACGUGAAGCCCAGAGACGGAUCCAACAGCUGUACGAAAGGAGCAAAGAUUCUGAUUUUCGAAAACGGCCUCAUUAUAAGGAAGUAAAGGAGCUCAUGGACUCCCUUGAGGAACUGAAUAGCCGGCCGACAGGUGCAAUCGACCUGGAACGCGAACAAAAACGUCACGAGGACUGGAUGAGGAAAGGAAAGAAAUUAUUUGGCAAGGCCAACGCCCCUUUACAUAUUUUAAAAUCGCAUAUGGAGUAUGUUGAAAAAAGAAAUGUCCACUGCUUCGACUUGGAAGAUCGGUGUCGACCCCCAGUCGAGCCUGCUUCACGCGAUAAUAGCCCGGAGGGUCUCCUGGAGAAUAAUAACAAUGUGUGGGGCGGGAAAUCGCGGAAGCGGGAUGUCUUUUGCAUCUGCAGGCAGUCUGAGGCAGGGAUGAUGAUUGAAUGUGAAAUAUGCCAUGAAUGGUAUCACGGAAAAUGCUUGAAGAUCGCAAGGGGUAAGGUCAAGGAAUUCGACAAAUACACUUGUCCCAUCUGUGACUGGCGCAGGAAGAUUCCUCGCGAUGCUGCUCGCCCGAAACUCGAAGAUCUCCAAGAAUGGCAGGCUGAAAUCCCGACGCUCCCUUUCCAACCGGACGAAGAGCAAAUACUGGAAAAUAUCGUCAAUCAAGCUUCCGCUUUUCGUGACUUCCUGCAAAGUUUCACCAACGCUGCCUGCACGACGACAGAGGAAGUUCCAACUCUGAUAUUCUAUCUGCGGAAGAUCGAAGGCGCCGAAGUCCUUCUGGCAUACGAGACUAAUUUCUUCCGCCAAGAGAUCCAUAAGUGGGCGCCGGUUGCGCCGGAGCCGCCUCCAAUCCUAGAGCAGUCUCUUUCGACGCGAAAGCCCCGCCCAACGAAGCAACAGAAGAUUAUGGCUCAGUUGGGCGUCGAGCGCCCAGAAGAUCUCCCGCCUCACCUGCGCUCCAAGUUUACCAAUCAUACGAAGCGAAAGUCGUCGGAGUCUCAAGCGACGCGUCCCGCGCUCUCAGUGCCAACUUCCCAGACCCCUGGUGGCAGCCAUCACUCAGAAUCCACUGGCAGCAUCCCUACCUUAACCUCUAUGCCGGAGACACAAAACCAGCCGUAUCCCUUUACCGCAAAUUUUCCCCUUCCUGCAGCCGAAUCAACACCGGCAUUUGCUUCUGAGUCUUCAGCGUUCUUGCCUCAUGCUGCAGUUCAUUCUCCUUCAUUCCCUCCACACUCUCCGACUCCGAAUCAUCAAGGACUCGAUACGUCGCUCUUUAGCCCCCCGAGAUUCAAUCGGACUCAUAAUGAUGGUCCCCCGGGGGUGGAUGUCGAGGGCAGUAACCCUUUUGGAAGUAGCCCUAGGGCAAACCUGGACGAUGUGUUCGCAGACCUAACGAACCAAGAUGCCGAGCCCGAGCCUGAGCCCGAGCCGGAGCCGGAGCCGGAGAACACACAUGCGAAUGAGGCCCUAGAAGUCUUGGAUGCGAGCAAGGCUGAAGGCCAUUCUGAAACGGUCCAUGAUGGAGACUAUCAUGCGACCGGGGCUAAUGGGAUGAUGAACGGCCAUGUGGAAAGCAGCGGGGAGGGGGCUGGUGACUCAUUCUAAUUUCUUUCGGGUUCCGCGACUUUCAUACUUGUUAUGGUCGUAUUAUAGAGGGAAUUGUUGGCGGCAUGCGAACGGUAAUUAUAUGUGGUCGUCGUCCAUCUACUUCUUUGACAUAUCUGUGUCAGUCCUCAGAUGGCAUUUUGCGGGCGUUUAAGAGAAGGAUGUCCUGGGUUGAUGUGUCUCUUAAUUUCCCUUGCUAAUGUUAAUGGUGUUCCGUGUCUGGUAUUGAGUCCUGAGGGUGUGCUCCCGCUUUGCAGACUCUAGGUUGAUGGCCAUACUUCUCUCCCGCCCGUAUCUCUUCUUCUCCUUGUUUCCCUUUUUUUCUUCGCUAAAAAUUCUUUUAUUUUCUACGGGAUUACUAUCGUUCCUUAGAACAGGUGUAUUAUGAAGAUGGCGUGCGUGAGAUACGACGAGACAGUUCGUGUGCGUGUGUGAGUGAGUGAUGUAUUAUGAUAUGCUUCCUUGUUUCUUCAUUCUGUCAGCUUUUAUAUUUCUAUUUCCCUCAUUGGGAGCUCGCUUAUUACUUGACCUCCAGUGGAGGCCUGUUCUUCAACCAACGAUUGCACUUUUUCUCAUUGACCUAUACAAUGACGUCCGAUAGGUGUCUGAUUUGUUCUUCAUUGCUUCGUUGAUCGAGUACCACAUGUAACACUAGCUCGAGCUUGCGGAUUGAUUCAAAGGAGAAUUGUUUUAACUAUCAUCUCUAAACUCUAUCAGAAGCUGCAUGUAGAUGCAUGUCGUCAUCACUGAAGGCGGUGGCAGUUCACAAGCUUCAAAAAGCC